AGUUUGCGGCCCUGACUUCACCAGAUCAUCAAUUGCAAAAAGGAAAGUGAUGGAUAGAUAUGAAACACUCUACGAAGCAGUAAGAAAUGGAGAUACCGACCAGCUUAAGGCUCUGAUUGAUGAGAACCCUGCUAUUCUUGAAGAAUCUUAUUUCCGUACCAUGCCAGAUGACACAGUCCUACAUGCUGCAGCACUUUUUGGGCAAAUCAAUUCUGUGAAAGAGAUUUUAGAACGCAAGUCAGACUGGAUCAAAAUUCGCAACAAAGAUGGCCUCUGUGCAAUUCACAUAGCUUCAGCAAAAGGAUCUGUUGAGAUUGUGAGAAUGCUUUUGGAGAAAGAUAGAGAACAGAGUCAACUAAGAAGCACUUGGAAAGAAAGAACCCUCAGAGCCCUCCAUUUUGCAGUUCUCACAGAAAAUGAGGAUGUUUUGAGAGAACUGACCAUGGGAAUACAUAUAGAUCAGUUUGUUUCUAAUUUAAUGGAUGAAGAAGAGCCUAUCCUUCAUUUUGCGUUAGAAAACAACAGGAUUGAGGCUUUUAAGCUGAUUCAGAGGAUUUUGCUUGAGAAGAAUAUAGAAGCGAGAGAAAUUAGAUGCAUUUUAAAUAACAGAGACGAUGAAGGCAACACGGUUCUCCACACCGCGACUGAGAGGAGACAGCUACAGGUACUGAAAAUAUUACUGCUGCAAGAUGUCCAGCAUCGGGUGGACGUGAAUGCCCAGAAUGGAAACGGAUCCACAGCUCUUGAUAUAUUCUACGAUUCACAAGGAUCGGUGAAUAUUGACAAAAAUGUAAACAAGAAGAUACGAAGGAUGCUUGAACAAGCAGGGGCAGUUAGACGCGAAGAUAUCAUCAAUUCAGCACCUGAUGAUCAACUCCAACAAGACAAUCGAGCCUCCAGUCAAGACUCCUUCGCAUCUAAACGUAAGAGGCUUUGGAAUUUUCUGCAGAAGAAAGCAUCACCUAUUCAGAAGGUUAUGUGUAAGCUAUCGUACUCGGCAUUAACCAAGGAAGCCAAAGACAUGAAUGCAGACACAAAAAAUGCACUUAUGGUUGUUGCUGUCCUGAUUGCAAACAUCACUUACCAGGCAGUUCUAAGCCCUCCGGGAGGAUUCAAACAAUCUCCGGUGAAUCAUGCAAACAACCGUAACCACACACAAGAAGACCCGCAGCAUUUCAAUGGCAUGGCCGCAAUUGCAUCUGACCCAAUAGUGUUCGGUUUCACUACAUUCUUAGGCGUUAUCGGGUUCCUCUCUUCAAUGUUAAUAAUUUUUAUUCUCACCAGCGGGUUUCCUCUCAACUGGCUGCUGCGGGUUGCUGUGGGUUCAUUGUGUUUAGAUUUUGUCACUUCACUACUUUAUAUAGCUCCGAUUGGGUUCAAUAUAGUAAGUACGGCGGUACUUUGGAUAGGUAUCGCGUGUCUUGCGACCCAACUUUUCUGGGUCUUAUCCCCCAUUGCCCUUAAGAUCUGGGAACGUGCAAGACAUACCAGAGAUUCAACCAUGCAGCCCCGUGGUAAUAGCAGUGUGUGAGUGAAUAUUUGAUCAUCUUUAUCGAACCAAAAUUUUUUAUUUGCUUUCUUUUCCUUUCCUAUUUUUAUUAAUGCUAUUUCAACUAAAGUUUCGUAAUUAUUAUUAUUAUUAUUAUUAUUUAUAUAAUGGAUGUUUUGAUUGGUAUUAGGGUUUGAAUUUGUUAAUCUUUACUUCAAAUUAAAGUCUUUAAAUUAGU